AUGACGCCUGAGGACAUUGACUGCAUGUUCCGCCAGAUCCUGCUCAAGGACAUGCGCACCCAGUGCCGCCUGCGCGGCAUCAGCCCGGCUGGUGGGAAGGAGCAGCUGGCGGAGCGCCUCAAGGAGAACAUGCUCGCCACCAAGGACUUCUCUCUCAAGAACGAGAGUGGGGAGGACCUGGUCAUCAACGCGGUGGCUGGCACGGCCUCAACUGACGUGGCCAAGGGGUUUGCCCAGAACAACUACAUGCGCCCCUCGGGCCAGCAAAACGUCGGCAACUUCAUCACUGACCGCGCCUCCAGCCGCGUCCUUGCGCCCCCCGGCGGCGCCACCACCAUCUGCUUUGGCGACGCCUCCACGGCCAACGCGCCCGAGAGCGCACCCUCGCCCCGGAACCGCCGUGACAUGCCGCUGUCGCCGGCGGCGCGCGCGGGCCUGCCCGCGGGGCUGCCGCCGCCGGGCGCUCUGACCACUGAUGGCGCCGCGCUCAGCCCACGCCCCGAAGGCCUGACGGAGGUGAGGCCGGGCGCCAAGGUGCCGGGCGGCACCGCGGGCGGCAACUCCCAGAUCAUCUUCGGCUGA